AUGGCGCCAGCGAGAAAGGAUGCAACACGAAAAUAUGUCACAACGGCCUGCGACGCAUGCCGGCUGAGUAAAGUGAAGGUCGGAAAUCGGUUUCCUGGACUGCCUAGAACCGCAAAUUUGUUACAAGGAACUCAGCUAACUCGGUGUGAUGGAGCCCAGCCAUCUUGUUCAAGUUGCCAAAAUAAAAAGAAGGAAUGCACGUAUCGGGCUGGAUCAGAUAAGAGAAAAAUAUCUCUUCGAUUUGUGGUUGACCUUCUUGUCAACCGACUAGAUGAGCUAUCUCAAUAUCUCAUUGACCAGGGACUGUCCCCACCUCCCAUGUUCAAUGAGAAUGAAAUUGCAUUGAAGAAUGCUUUAGAAACUCUGGGACUUGGCCAUGUUCAAUUGGCCUUGGAGAAAAUCGAGACCAAAGAUAGGCAAUUGGCGCAUUCUUCUCUCGCCGGGACUACUCGGGCUCUGCUUGAAGAGAAUGAAGAGGCAGUUCUUGAGGUUGACCUCAGCGAGUUGAACUCGCACAUGGAUAUAUUGGCGCAACCACUGACAGUUGACGGCUAUGAAGAAAUUCACCAACCUACAUCACAGGCGCCUAUAGCUCUUCGUGAAUUCACGGAAGACACACUGCCGCCCCUGUUCGAGGACGAACUUGUUGAUCUGGAGGGUCUCUCGACUAUCGGCGAAGAAGUGAUUUCAAACAAUCCUUCUCCAGAAGGCUUACCUAGCCUUGACCCGUCUACAAUACCACUUCAACCACACCCAAGCGAUUCGCCUGAUUCAUUACCUUUGGAUCGUCUACUCAAGACGGGAGAGACCGCGCCGAAUGAUGAUAAACUGAAGCAACACUCCAAUAGCAACGAAGACAUGGAAGAAAUUGUGCACCGCCUCUCAGACCGCAUGGGGAGUCUCCAGAUUGGUUCCGAUGGCCAAGUGCGAUAUUAUGGCCCGACCUCUCACUUCAAUUUGCUGCGAAUGCCAACCCCGGACAAACUAACCAUACAUCGCAACGUACGAAAAGAUGGUCAAGACUACUUGUAUCGCAUGGGGAUCGGCAAAAGUGUGCCACCUGAUUUGGAGGCCCAUCUGAUCAACCUCUACUUCACCUGGCACAAUCCCUCGUUUGAUGUCGUCGAUAGGAAAAUGUAUGAGGGGGCAAAGCAGCGUUGGCAAGAUGAGAUGGAAGAAACGCCAUAUUAUUCAGAGGCCUUGACGAAUGCCUUGUGUUGUCUUGGUGCUGCAUUUGAGCCUCGCUAUCAUCCAAACUUCAUCACGUAUCCAAAAUCUGUAUCGGAUUUUUUUGCAGAUCGUGCUAAGACUUUGCUUGAUAUUGAGCUUGAUUCGCCAUGCUUGGCAACCGUCCAGGCCACGGUAGUGUUGAGUGGACAUGAUAUUGGUUGCAAGCGCGACGCGAGAGGAUGGCUUUACAGUGGAAUGGCUAUGCGACUCGCCUUUGAUCUUGGGCUACACCUUGACAUGUCCUCCUACAUAUCGGAUGGGUCUAUCAGUGCGGCUGAAGCGGAACUGCGACGCAUGGUCUUCUGGGGGGCUUACACGCUGGACCAACAAUGGGGCUUCCUCCUCGGGCGCCCAUUCAGAAUUAAUAUGGAGGACGUCACUGUUGACAAGCCUGGUCGCGAUUCAACCUGGGAUCAGGCCCAGCGAUGGACUCCCUAUGGAUUGCCCUAUCCAUUUUGCUCGCUACAAGACACACCGAUUGUGAAUCCAGUCACAACUUUAAGUCGGUAUCGUAUCUUACUAUGUGAGAUCAUGACACCCUUGGGACAUGUUUUGUACGGAUCGUCGAAGAUAUCGAAACAUGAUCUGCAGAGUCUCAAUGCAAAGACGACUCGAAAGCUUCUUGAAUGGAAAGCUAAUCUACCCACGCCUCUGCAAGUCGACCUCGACGAUUCGACAGUUCCAUAUCUGCCACAUGUGCUAUUGCUCCACAUGCACUAUCACCAAGCUAUCAUCCAUGCACAUCGACCAUGGAUCUCUAAAAGUUCGAUUCAGCCUCAACCCGCUCAAGGCCCCGGUCAUACCCAUGCCCGCAAAAUGUGUGUCGACUCCGCAACCGCAAUUGCCAAACUUCUUCACCUAUACGAAUUGCGCUACACAUUUCGUCGCAUGAACAUACAAGCUGUUGCUAUAACCUGCUCUGCGGCGCUAAUGUUGAUAUUCGCGACUAUCCUCAAUCGCAACUUCGACCAUGAUCAUGAAACGGUAGCCCAUCUCAGCCUUUGCUUCCGUGCGCUAGAAGAAUUGGGUUUCUCAUGGGAGAGUGCGAAACGAGCGCAGAGUUUUUUGCUCCAUAUGCAGGGCUUGUGGGAGACGAAGGUCCGCCCUUAUCGUUCAGCAAAGCGGGCCAUGUCGGAAGCUCAUGAUAAAUCUCGAGCCCAAUCGCCUCAAAACAAAAGGUCACGCACUUCACCUCAGCCUGGUUCUGGAGAGAUAAACGAUUCUGGAGACAAUCUGACAUUGCAAGACUCACAUCAAAAGGGCGAUGCUCUGCUUGAUUGUGACUCGGAGGAUUUCGAUUGGUUAUGGGCCGCUAGCAUGGGUGCUGUUCCUCUAUCGUGA